CACAAAAUCUAUCCCAAUCGCUCGACUGGUACACGAAUCUGGCAGCUCGCGCUUAAGGCACGAGCGCUACGAUACUCAUUGCAAUGGACCCUCUGGCUGGGCUUUCGUUGGCAUGCAACAUCAUGCAGGUCAUCCAGUUUUCGGCUGAGACGAUGGCGGUCUUUAGACGCUUGAACGAAGGCAAAUCACCAGACCCAUACGUGGAAGUAAAUAGUCAGUCACUCGUCGCAGCGACGGAGCGGCUCAAGUCUACGCUCAAUACUCGGUCCGUCAUCCACGGGGUGCCAAGGGAUGCUUCCCUCCUUCAAGUUUGCAACGAAGUUGUUCUCGUGGCAGAUGCGCUCCAUAAGCAUGCCCAGAAGUCUUUGCCAGCCAAGGGAGAAUCUAAAACAAAACUCAUUCGCAAGAGUGUUGCUUUUCAGCUCAAGCACAGAAGUGCGACGGAGAAGCUCUCGCGGCAGCUGGACAAGCUGCAACAUCGAAUGGAAUCCGAGGUUCUGAUCGACUUGCGACAAACACUAAAACAAGAUCACUCCGACCUGGUUGACCGGCUCCAGGCUCUGGACAAAGAUCUGAUAGAUUUUCGUGCCAACCUUAUUGCGGGCCAAACGCGUUUGGAAGACCUAGUGGACCGGGAGUCAGGCGAAAUCAAAAAGACCAUCGCGGACGAAGCGCAGAAGACCCGAAAUUACAACUCCCAGAGUGCACAAGAAACCAGAGACUUCAUCAACGCGACGCAUAAGGAGCGGAUCAACGAUACGGCCUAUCAGCAGUUUCUUAAUAGUUUUCGGUUCGUGGACAUUAACGCGCGGCGGAACACAAUUGAAUUUUCACACCCGGAAACAUUCGAAUGGAUCUUCGCCGAACCUGAAGACUCUCAAAGUAGCGACGACGUCGCGCCGAAUUGGAGCAGUUUUCCGGAAUGGCUCCGUGGGGGGACUGGCUUGUAUUGGAUCAGCGGCAAAGCUGGGGCUGGGAAAAGCACUCUCAUGAAGUUCUUGCUCGAAAGCCAGAGGACCAGACAAAUACUGUCAGAAAAUAGUCCAAACACGAUGGUCGUCUCUGCAUUCAUCUGGAGCUUAGGAUCCAGUAUGCAGAAAACCCUCAUCGGUGUGCUGUGCACGCUGCUCUACGACAUGUUCGCGCAAGAUCGGGAACUUUGUUGGUGCCAGUUUAGGGGAAGGCAAGGCGAAUUCCAUCUCAAACAAGAAAGUUCGGACUGGUCGUUGCAAGAGCUGGUCUUGCUCUUUUCUACGGUCGCUGAGAAUUGUCCGCGUCCUUUGUGCAUCUUCAUCGAUGGUUUGGAUGAAAUCGAUCGGUCCAAGCCAACUGAAAUUACUAGGCUUAUGGGUUGGCUAGAGAGUGCACGCAAUCUCAAAAAUCUGCAGCUUUGUGUGUCUAGCCGCCCGGAGCCGACAUUCGAGAACCGACUCCAAGAACAUCCCCACCUCCGGGUACAAGAUCUCACAGCGAAGGACACCGAACGUUAUGUUUCCGAUAGUCUGCGUGGGCUCGAGUCCGAUUUGAAAGCCUCGCCACAAGAUCUUCAAGACUUAAUAGCCACCAUCGUGGAUCGAGCCGAAGGUGUUUUUCUCUGGGCCCAUCUUGUGGUUGAGCACAUUCGAACAGAUGCAGAUUAUUUUCCGACAUGGAAAAUGUUGGUACAAAGAGUGGAUGAAUUGCCAUCCGGACUUCACUCGAUGUACAAGGCAAUGUGGGAACGACACAACGGCGACAGUGAUGUUUAUCGUGCCGAGACAGCAUCUUAUCUGAACACCUUACUAGCAAGGGACUCUUACUGGAACUCCGACCAAUUACUCAUGAUGAUGCUGAAAUUCAGUGUUAAUGUCCAAGAUAAUAUCUUCAAGGGAGGUCAAGCUGUUUCACUAGAGUUUCUUGUUCAUGAAUGUUCCCGUUUCGAUUUUGAGGUCCAAAAAGACGAUUCAAAGCAAAAAUACCAUGUGUCUCGUUGUGUAUCGAAGCCAAUCAACAACACCAACUUAAGAAUGGAUCUGAUGGAACUCAAUGCGAGACUUUGCGACUCUAAACUCCAUGUAAAAGUUACCUCAGAUUUACAUAAUCUGGCGGCCGAGCAAGACCCUGCAACUACAGUCACAGGGCCUGUGUACGACAUACCAGUGGAUGAUAUCGAUACUCUUUUCUAUCACGACAAAUACUUGGAACAGCCGACAUUGGAUACAACAGAAACCCUGAACUAUCUGAUUGAAAGAGGACAUCUAUCAGAACAGCGCCUGGACCCGGUCAAUCCCCUACGAGCCUUUCUGGACGACGACCUGAAGCCACAGGAACGUGCCCAGUUCGAUGAAAUAGACUGGUCCCCCGAGAUCGAUUGUGAAUGCUUCGAACGAGAGAGUCGAGCUGUAAUUGAGAGCGAACGAAGAGCGGGGAAUUUGAAGGCCGUUGCACCUUUUGAUGGAGGUAUGCAAUUGCGGAAAGCAGCCAAAAAAUGGUGGGAAGAGGUCAAAGAGAGGGUGUAAACAUCGGGCUUGAGAAAGAAGGAAGGAUGAUCUGAAGACCCAGAAUACGAUAAGUCUUAGUGUCCGGUAUUGUCCCGAUGGUCAGUCUUCAAACAUAAGGAUUUAUUUCUAUAUCAAGAGGACACAAGGGUAUGGGCAAGCAGCCUAUAUAUUGGCUCCCUUGGGUUAACACACUGUACUCGGACUUUUGCCCUAGUGAUGCG